AUGGUCAAGAAAAAGAAUAAGAACAAGAAGAAUAACGCACGCCCUCCCGCUGGCACUGCUACACCAAACCCCGACACCAACGAUACUAAGGAUUCCAUCGAGGCUACUGGCGAGCCCCCGGCCCUAACUCCGGAAGAUGCCUGCGGGUUACAAGACAACAAAGAAGACCCCAACACCACCGAAUCAAAAGAAGACGCUCCCGCCGAACCCGCUGUAGAGGAACCUUGCGCACCACCAGCCGAAGGCUCAGAAUCUCCAGAAUCUGCUGGAUCAACAGAGGCAACAACACCCGCCGAUCCAGCUGACCCCCCUGAUGGUGCAGCCGACGCAGACGUCAAGGAAGGAGGCGCAGAUGCGCCUGCUGGCGAUGAGCCUCCGCCGAACGCAGAAGGGGAGGGUGUCCCAGAUGAAGCCCCUCAAGAACCUGCUGCGGAAAGUUCCGAAUCCGAACCGAAGGCUGAAGAGGCUGCCCCGGCAGCAGAAGAUAGCGCCCCAAAGCCUGACGACGGUGGAAACAAUGACGAUGCUUUUCCAGACUGUGACCCUGAAAAGGGAGUCGACGAGGUAGAGGCCGAGAAGGAAGAGGCCGCAAGACUCGCAGCUGAAGAGGAAGCUGCCAAAGCCGAAGAAGCUCAGGGGGAUGCCGAUGGAGCCAAUGCCGAAGCUCCAGCAGAUGCGCCAGCCGAAGGCAAGGAAGAUGCUCCAGAAGAAGCUCCACCGACCACCGAGGAGCCUGCUACCGACAAACCUGAAGAUGCAACCCCGCCAGACGAAGCACCUGCGGCUGAGACAGCAGAUGAUGCCAAGCCUGAGGGCGAAGCUACCCCGGAGGAACCUGCAGCAAGUGAACCUGAGCCGCCAGCACCUGAACCGCCAGCAGCCGUGGAGCCAGAGCCAGAGUCAGCACCGACUAUUGAUGAGUCGAAAAUGACAGCAAAGCAGAAAAAGGCCGCCAAGAAAAAGAAGAAGAAGGGGGCCAAAGCUGAGACUGCAUCUACACCUCCACCUGAACCUGAACCUGCAGUGGAACCUGCAGCGGAAAGCGAACAACCGACAGAAGAAGCCCCGACAGAAGAAGCCCCGACAGAAGAAGCCCCGACAGAAGAAGCUAAGGUAGAGGAAGCCCCCGCGGAAGAAGUCAAGGCGGAGGAGGCACCGGCAGCAGAGGUCACCCCAUCUGAGGAGACAGCUGAGGCAGCCCCUGAAGCAACCCCCGCAGAGGCAACAAGCGAUCCGGAGGCUAAGCCCGAAGAAGAUCCUGUUGAAACGGCAGCCACCACGACAGAAGAAGCCAGUGAAGCUCAACCAGCAGAAGAGGAAAAACCUGCAACAGAGCCCACCCCUGAGCCGGAGGCCGUAAAAUCAGAGGAGCCCGAGAGCACCCCUAUAGCCGAAGAUGUUGCGGCAGAAUCUGCUGAGCCAGAAGUUUCACCGACUGAAGAGCCUGCCGCGGAGCCUGCUGCAACUGAUGCGGAACCAAAGAAGACCCCCGAGGUAGCCAGCGAGGAUGAGAAGGCUCCCCCUGCCGAUGAAACCCCUGCGGAAGCUGGCGCGGAGUCACCCCCCGCAGAAAUCACUGAAGAGCCGGCAGCGGAUCCAGCCCCAGCUGAAGAGCCAGCCCCAGCUCCUGUCGAGGAAGUGGUUGAAAAUGCCGUUGAGAAGACGCCUGAGGAACCUGCAGCGGAUCCAGCUCCUGUUUCAGAAGCUGAGCCUGUCGCAGAAGCCCCGGCAGAAGAAGCUCAAGUUGAGAAGCCAGCCGAGGAAAGUCCUCCAGAGGCUGCAAAGGAGGAGCCUGUCGCAGAGGAGCCUGUCGCUGCUGCCCCUGUCGAAGAGCCUCCUGCCGGUGAAGAGCCUGCCGCUGUUGAUCCUCCUGCUGUUGAAGAGCCUGCGGAGGUUGAGGUGCCAGCUGAAACCGCACCUGAGGAAUCUACUAAAGAACCCGCAGCGGAGGCUACACCAGAAGAGCCAGCACAUGUCGAACCAGUUGCUGAGGAGCCUGCUGUCGAGGAGCCAGCACCCGCCGAGCCAGCUGCUGAGGAGCCAGUUGCAGAAGAAACCCCUGCUGCUGCUCCAGCACCCGAAGAGCCGGCACCUGUUGAAUCAGCUGCCAAGGAGCCUGCCGCUGUUGAAGAGCCACCUGCCACCGAAGAACCGGCACCUGAGGUUCCUACUGAAGCUCCUGCUGAACCAGUCACCGAGGAACCCCCUGCUGCAGAAGAACCAGCACCGGUGACUGAAGAGCCAGCUCCUGAGGAGCCUACGGUCGAGGAAUCUGCUGUACCAGAACCGGCAGCCGAGGCACCAGCUGUACCAGCACCAGUAGAGGAACCGGUAACCGAGGAUGCUCCCAAGGAAGCCCCUCCUGUUGAAGAGCCUACUGCGGAAGAGCCCCCAGUGGAGGCAGCGCCUGUUGAGGAGGUAUCUGUGGAAGCUGUCUCUGAAGAGCCAACACCUCCAGCUGAAGUACCUCCCGUGGAAGAGCCCAUUGUGGAAGAAGCUGUUGUGGAAACUGAGCCCGCCGCUGAAGAUCCCCCGGUCGAGGUAGCCCCUGAAGUGCCAUCACCUCCAACGGAAGAGCCUCCUGCCGCUGAGCCAGCACCUGCUGAAGAGCCAGCUGCCCCAGAGCCUGAAGUUGCCGAGGAGACCCCGGUGGAAACAGCUCAGGAGGAACCCGCUCCGGAAGCAGAAUCAGCCAAAGAACUUCCUGUAGAAGAACCUCCAGUUGAGGCUGCUCCUCCGGCGGAAGAGCCAACGCCCGAGCCAGCUCCUCCUGUGGAAGAGGCCCCGGUCGAAGCAGCCCCCGAAGAACCAGCUCCCGAGCCUGCUCCUCCAGCAGAAGAGCCUCCUGUCGAAGAGCCUCCUGCCGCCGAUCCAAUGCCCGCUGAAGAACCACCGGUGGAAGCGGCGCCAGCCGAAGAGGUACCACCGGAAGCUGCUCCAGAAGAAUCUGCCCCUGAAGAGGCCCCAGCUCCUGCAGAACCACUGGUGCCCGAAAGAGCACCAGUAUCAGACGUUGCACCAGAGGAGCCAAUCGAAGCACCCCGCGAGAUUGAAGAAAUUGUGGAAGCACCAGGAAGCAAAGAUGGUACCCGCCGCCGAAAGAAGCGUUCACCCGGAGAUCGCGAGCGACGCUACUCGAAGACAUCCUCCGACGGGAACAAGGGUCAGUCUCUUCAACGCCAGAAGAGCGAGCGUAGCGUUUUCACCAAUCGAUGGGCCAAAGCUUUAGAAGAGGCCAAGCGGCAGCACGAGGAGAAGAAACGUGCCGAAGCACGGGCUAAAGCAGCCAAGGCAGCGGUGGAGGAAGAUAAGGAGCGAAGUGGCAUCUCAACUUCGGAUAAAUCCAAACGCUCUGAGCGCUCUUCCUCGAAAGGGCCGAAGGAGCAGGAUCCGCCGAUCAUCGAGACCAAGCUGAAGCGUACUCUAUCUUCCAAGGAGCCAAGCCGAUCUGUUAAGCCACCUGCAUCUUCCAAGGCACCUCCAUCCUCAAAGCAGACCUCAUCUUCGCCGCCUAAGCCUCAGCCCCGCCACUUCCUUCAAUACAUGAGCAAAGGCCAAUCGGACACUACCAGACCUCUUGUGCGCGUCAACACGACCAAGUCUUCGGCCCCGGCUUCUGACCGGCCACGUCGGGCUUCGACAGCUCAAAGCCAUGGCAGCCAUGGCAGCAACGAGCGUUCACCAAACGAGGAGCGGAAAUCCAGCGGCCGUUCCAGUGGCUCGACUCGCCGUGAAGAAGAAGCCCCUCGUGAGAAAGAGAAAGAGAGAGAAAGGGAGAAGGAGAAGGAGAGGAAGCCUCGUCGGCGCUCUCGCGACGAACCAGAACCCAGUAAGCCCCGCGAAAGAGAACGGGAGAAAGAGAAAGAGAGAGAGAAGCCCGAAAGAGAACGCCGCUAUCGUGAAGCUCGUGAGGGUGAAGAUGGUCGACGUCGUCGACACCGUCGGGAACCCUCGCCGCCGAAGGAGUCGCGGCUGAAGGGGCUUCUCAGGACUAUUACUGCUCAUUAG